UGGCAUAUCCCAUCCCUGCAUGGAGGUACGUUUUCAGACCCAUAUCUAGCGCAGGGUUCACUGUGUUUUAAUAUAACCAUGAUUGCGUUCCGACCCCGUUCAGCUCAGUGUAAACAAGCAGAARAGUAAGGUUUGUGUCUUCUGGCAAUCCACAUAGAACACAAUCGCUCGGUAAGCGAUUACACAUGUCUGAAAACAUGGCGAAUUUUGUGGAGGCAACAUCCUCGCAGCAUUUUGAGGACUUGCUAUCAAAGGCUGGCAAGUUCCUGACGGUGGUCCACUUCCAGGCAGCAUGGGCCCCUCAGUGCAGUCAGAUGAACGAUGUGAUGGGAGAGCUGGCCAAGGAGAACAAACACACCAUGUUUGUCAAG